AUGUCCUCUAAUAACAUUACACCGCAAGAGUACCUUGAGCUUUCAGCAAUAGCAUUUGAAUGGGCCGAUAGCUACGACUCGAAGGACUGGACUCGUCUCGAAGCAAUUCUGGCGCCGACACUUCGUGUUGACUACUCCGACAUUGGCAAGCAAUGCUGGCCAUCUAUGACAAGUGCGGACUUCCUCGCUAUGGUCAUGGAUGUCAACUUUCUCGGCGAUCCAUGUGUUAAAACACAACAUCUUCUCGGCGCUGCAAAAUGGAUUAAGAAAUCUGAAGAUCAGGUUGUCGGCCAUCUCCAAAUUAGAGCUGCUCAUCAAGUUUACACGACCGCAGACUGUCGUGAAGUAAAGUUGAGAGGUCAUAGUCAUGCGACGAAUGAGCUUUACUUUUCGAAAGUGGACGGAGUUUGGAAGUUUGCGGGACUGAAACCGAGGGUUCAUUGGAAUGAACAUGCGUUUGAACAUGUUUUCAAAGGAUCAUACACUGAUACUGUAGCUGCCAGUUUGUAG